CAUUCCCAUACGCCAUUAUUCCUCAACCCUGUCUUCAUCUCCCUCUUUGAUUAAUCCCAAUCUACGACCAUGUCUUACGUCGCGUCCCCCGAAGAAAUCGCUAUCUGGGAGGAGUUCUCCUCGAAGCCCGAAUUCUCGCAAGAGGGCAUCGAAAUCCCCUUCCACACCACGUUUGCGUACGUGAAAAGUAUACUCCCUCCAGGCUUCGAGCCCGCAGCCGAGCCCACGGGUAGCAUACUCGUGGGAACGAUGGAAAGCAAACUAUGCGGCGAAUUUGACUGCACUCUCGUCACGCUCGAUGCCAAAUUCAAGGGCAUUACGGGCAAAUACUGCUUGCUGAUGCUCAUCAGCGGUGAUACGCCCGUUACCUGGGGCCGCGAGGUGUGGGGGGAGACCAAGAAGACCGGCAUUACCCGGCUCUGGCGCUCGGGCAACUACCGGUAUGGCUACGCAGAACGCAACGGUGUGCGUCUGAUCGAGGUUGAGAUGGAAUGUGGAGACGAUCUUCCGGCGGAAACGGUCAAGGGAUCUCAAUUUGAGAUCAAGGCCUACCCGCAUUCGCAGGGCAAGGGGCUGCAAUGGGAGCCCAAGGUCAAUGUGCUGGAGGUAGUGGAGCACAAGACUCGGCGGGCCACAGGCAGGGGCCGGGUCACUGUGAGAGGAACGCGGGCGGAUCCGCUGCACAGCAUUCCCAUCCAGUCCGUGGGGCAGUUUGAGUAUGUCUCGGGGUUGGCGGAGUAUACGGUUGUUGCGGAACAUGAUCUGGGAUGCGGCAAUGCCUAUAUGCCUUACCUGAUCGGGAGGUACUACGAUGACCUACGUAUCUUCCGGGUGGGUGCUGAGUGGAAUAAGCUGGAGAACAAGGAGGUUGAUGUGGAUGAGACAUUCCCUGUACAGCGGCUGAGUUCGCGGUGA